CAGACUUCUAGAAACACCACAUUCAUAUAGUCGGGACUGAUCGCGAGUCAAGUUCAGCCCUCAGUUUAGCUCUGUGGUCAUCGACCGCGUCGACGGUAUCUCACUCAUGCCCAAGAGGCGUUCCUACAACCUCAAACAAUUCCAAGGGGCUUCAUCGAGCAGCAAACCUGCCGGUGGCAAAAGCGAAGCUGGUGAUAGUAGCUCGGUCAAACAACGUAUAGAGGACUCCCGCAAACUACAAGGAAGAGACGCUUUCCUGAAGAAGCAAGAAUUUGCUGAGCUUUCCAGCAAUCACAUUUCAGUGCCGCCAACAGUCGGAAAUCUUAUCGGUCUGCCAGUAGGCCAACCGCCACAACGAGUCAAUGGCCCGCGUUCUACGACAAGACCUCGAGUGCCGGGGCCAGCAGCGCCGGAGAGCUGGUCCCGACGAUCAUCGCUGAAUACUCUGCUGUCUAUACGUGCUCGUCGAAGGUCAAAUCCAGCUGUGUUCGCAAAGCGCAGCCGCCCUGAUGCUCUAUUGAGAUUUGAAUCAUUGACAGGAUUAGAACCCAAAGCAAGCCAAGGCUUUCCAGCUUUGCUGCACUUGGCUCUCAAGGCCGCUGCACAGCACUGGGAUUUGUUUGAUCGAGACGACCUGCCAGCCCUCGUUGAACUUCCUAUCAGGCUCCGUCUACGGCUCUUGUCAUAUUUAGGUUAUUUCGGACCUACCAUAGAUAUCGUGACUUUCGAAGCUCUCACCAAAAGCGAUGAACCCGUUCGAUGCCUUGAUCUUGGCGGGCUCGUAGGGCAUGGGGCCUUGACAUUGCCGCGCUUGACAAAAACAUUGAAAGCUGCCAAAUCAGAUGCUGCAGCCUCUUCGAACGUGCAACAUAUUGCCGACUCGUGGGACAGCGAAGACGCGAUGGUACCUAUUCUUGGGCCUUCUCCAAAUGUCUCGCAUUUUGACCAAUUAACGCACCUCUGCCUCUCCCACCCUCCUCCGAGCAUCUUAUGGAAAGACUUACUGUCAUUGUCGAAGCAGGUCCCCAAGCUGACGCACUUGUCUCUGGCUUACUGGGCCCGGCCCACCCUGACACCUAAUCUAGCCACAACUACCGUGACUAGUGCACACCUACCUGAAAUGUCAGCAGGAGGCUCGCAUCUUUAUUCAGGCAUCGAUCGGGACUACUCGGAACCAGCCUCGCUGUUGCGUCAACUUAGCGGCAACCUCCUUCGUCUGAAGUGGCUUGACCUCGAAGGUUGCGGUGAUUGGAUGCCAGCCUUGGGCGAACUUGGCGAGCUCGGAAGCGAGAACACAGCAAGGCCGGAGGACAAUUUCGGUGCUUCAGUGACGAAGACUACUGUCAGCAUGAUAUUUGUCGACCACUGGAAGAACCUCGAAUAUCUGAACUGUGCUCAGGGCUGGUCACCGAGUGCCACUGGUGUGGAUGCUCUCCCGAAGCAGACAAUUUGUCCCACCCACAAGUCAAUAGUAAAUGCGUUUCUCAAAUCCGCAAAGACGAUCGGCGCGACGAUUGGCGAAGACGAUGUUCACAGCACUGCGAGAAAACAGGCAGAAGUUUGGAUCCUCGAAGAAGCGCCCUGUGUCGCAGCUGGCGCGCGCAUCAAUGCGUGCAGACGUAUGCAUGCUUGCAAACCUGUAGAGAUCGACCACGGCUGGACGAAGAGACUCAUUUGAUAGAUAGAACAAAUCAAUGAAAUAUUGAUCGCAACCUUUGUUGCGAAGAUGCGGCCGUGAUUGUAUGUAUGUACAUGAUAGAUGAACGCUCAAAUGACAAAAGACCGAUUGGCUA